AAAUGAGGAUCAGAUGCAAAAGGUUGACCAAAAGGACAUCUAAUGACAUGCCGGACAACAGAGCCAUUUGUGCAGCAAAUAUUCUGAUACAAAUGGCCAUAGGGAAAGGCUGUUUAGCGGAGAAUGAGUCUCCCUCUCUUCAUAUUAAAGAUGGUGUGGUUAAAAUUUCAGAUGGCAGAUUAACUGAAAACACCAAGGAAGGUUGCUAUGAAUUGAAGAAAGACAAGCUGACGAAGAUGGAAAAUAGCGAAAAAUUACACUUGCAAUCUGCAGGAGCCACUGUUGCAGAGAGAAAAGGUAGAAAGAGGACAUUCCAUUCACUUGAAUUAUCAUGCACAAGAAAUCUGCAGAAGGAAAUGGAGAGGGAAACUCGUAUUGUCCCCACUUUCACCGGCACAUUCUCAUUUUCCAUUAUACGUCUCCUCUGUGCUGUACGGAAAGCUUUAAUUACAGCACCUGCAAAAAACAAUAGCAUCAUAUUUGACAAGUAUGUUGAAGACACCAAGAAGAAACAAAUAAGGGAUUCAGAAGGGGUAAUACGGAUUGAUAAGCAUAGUGGGCGUGUAUCUGGAUUGAAAGGAUUUGUCCAAAGGAACUUACCUUCUCUUACUAGACAUGAAAUCGUGGAGCGUGUGAGAUUGAAUCCUCGAGACUCUCGUAUUCUUGAAGCGAACGAGCGACUUCAGUAUUUAGUCAGUGGAGUUCUCAGAGUGUUUUCAUCAACAACCAAACCAGUCGGAGCAAAUUCACCGAAGGCACUUGUAGUAUAUGAUAGGCAUAGUAAAAGCUGGUCAUGGAUUGGCCCGCUCCCUUUUUACCCAUUGGAUAGUGACAAUAUUGAGGAAGAAACAUCUCCUCGAGCUUGGGGUCUUCCAUGCAAAACUUUUGUGGAGUUGGUUGAUUCCUUUGCUUACUGGCUAAAAGAAGGGCAAGAUAUGCUACGAAAAAUUGGUAGUCUUCCAAAACCUCCAUAUGAAUUGAUGCAAAUGCAAUAUGUCGAUAUUGAUGAACGGCUUGAAGAAUCUAGAACAGCGAAGAGUCUCCCGACGAUUAGUCCCUCCUGUGAGGAAAUAAGAGCUUAUUUCCGUAGAGAAGAAGCUCUAAGGUACACAGUACCUGAAAGGGCGUUCCCAUAUACAGCCGUUGAUGGUCGGAGAUCUGUUGUCGCUCCUUUCAAAAGCUUUAGUGGAAAACCUGUAAUAAAGGUUCGUGAUCACUAUAUUCUGAAGGAAGAUCGACCGCCUGAUUUCACUGUCCUUUGUUUGGUAAGAGAUGCGGCUGCCAGAUUGCCCUUAGGUGUUGGAACCAGAGCUGAUAUCUGUGUUUUGGUAAGGGACUCUCAGUUCAUUGUUGAGGACGUUUCUGAUUGGCAAGUUCACCAAGUUGUAAGUGGAGCUUUGGACCGUUUACACUACGAAAAUGAUCCGUGUGUAAAAUAUGAUAAGGGGUGGCGUCUGUGGGUUUAUUUACAUGCAGAUCGACAGGAAGAAGAUUUUGAAGAUGACUGUACAUGCUCUAAUAAGAAUAGGAAGAAGGCUAAGAAAAAUGAACUCUGAAGUGCUGGUGGGAGGUAGCGGGUACCCUGCGGAAGUAGUCAAGAUGUUCGCAGGUCUCCCGGUCACCAUUGUUGUAAAAAAAUAUGAACUCUGAAAUUUCUCAAAGCGGUCCGGGAAGUGUUGACUUCAACCAAAUGUGUUCUUGCAUUUGGUGGAAGUGUAGUUCAUCAGCCUUUUUUCUGGAAGAUAGUUAAUGUAAUGUAGACUAUUUCAAGAUUUCUGAGACCUUGUAAAUUAAAGAUCAAUGUUUUUCAGCUGUAAUGGAUUGAAUGAUUACAUCUCCUAUUUCUCCUGGAGUUUUGUACAGGAGCCAAAUCAUGUCUUUGUAUUGCUGCAUGUCCUGGAUGCUUUUUGUUUAAUAUAAGAUAU